UCUGCGCUGCCGGAAGCGGAAGUGUGUGUGUAUUCCGUAAACGUAACGUUUCGCUAGCUUAGCUUCACGAAGCGCUACACGAAUACUGCAGCUAACUGUCGCUUAAUUUUUGCAAACCUCUGCGGUGCAAGAGUUUCAGCCGGCAAAAUGUUUAACAGGAUGACAAGUUUAUGGAUGGGUGAUUUAGACCCAUACAUGGAUGAAAACUUCAUUAAGCAAGCUUUCAGCAAUAUGGGAGAGACUGCCCACGGUGUCAAAAUAAUUACACAUCGACUUACCGGAGGCUUGGCUGGAUACUGUUUUGUAGAGCUAGCAGAUGAGGCCAGUGUUGACCGUUGUGUGCAGAGGCUUAAUGGGAAGCUGGUUCCAGGAUCGAAUCCGCCCAGGAAAUUCAAGCUAAACUUUGCAACAUAUGGGAAAAGGCCAGAGCCUGGCCCAGAAUUUUCAGUCUUUGUUGGAGAUCUCACAUCAGAUGUGGAUGACUACCAGCUUCAACAGUUCUUUCUGAAAAAAUUCCCUUCAUGCAAAGGAGCCAAAGUUGUCACCGAUCCCCUUGGGAACUCCAGGGGUUAUGGCUUCGUGAAGUUUAGCGACGAGAAUGAACAGAAGAAAGCCCUCGAGGAGUUUCAGAACGCAUCAGGUCUGGGAGGAAAACCCAUCAGGAUAAGCAUUGCUGUCAACAAAGGCAAUAAAACAAGCAGUUACCACAACCAGAAUAACAGCUACAACAGCAACUAUCAACAGCAGUACUAUCAACAGCCUUACAACAAUUACUAUCCACAGUGGGGUUAUGAUCAGUACAGCGGUUAUAACUACGGCUACAACCCAUAUGCAACCCCCCCUCCAGUUCCACACGGGAUGAUGGGACCACCCCCACCCAUGGGGAUGCCCCCCGUGCCCCUUGACAUGCAGGGAUCCACAGAGCAGUCACAUGAUGGCACAGAGGAUGUUGAGGAGGACCCUGUUGAAGACCCAAACCCACCGGUGGAUGUGGAGGCAUUAAAUAAGCAAUUCAUGGAGCGCAGUGAGGAGCUCUACGAUUCGCUCAUGGAUUGCCACUGGCAGCCAUUGGACAGUGUCACAUCUGAGAUACCGAUGAUGAAUGGUUCCUGACUGUCUGAUUCCACCACAGUCCUGGAUUGUUAUACUUUGUGAAGGAACAUGCCUUUUUAUAUUGCUCUUGUUCAAAUUUUUCAGAGAACGUUUUUCUCCUUUUCAGACUUUUAUUUGGAGCUUCAUUCGUGCAGGCAAGCAGUUUUCUUUGUGUGUGUCCAAUCCAUCAUCUUUUUUUCUUUUUUCAAAGUUCUGGUUCUGUUGUACAGGUUUUUUUUUUUUUUUUUAAAGAUGUAUGAAAAGAAUCUUUUUCAAUAUUAUUGUCAAUUUUAACCAGGAACUAUUCCUACUCUUGCCUUAUUAAACUUUUUCAUUAGAAAUUUGAAGCAUGCUUUUUUUGUGGUCUUGUGUGGUCCAAAUAAGCAAAUUUUUUGUCUGUUGUAAGGCCACUGAUGAUUUUUCAUUUGUAAAAGCUUUGUUCUAAAGAUGGUUCAUGUUUAGAGAUUUUUGCAAAAUGGGACGGAAUUGCAUAAAUAUUUAUACCACACUGACCCAGAAUUAAUUUUCUGUCCUUAAAUUACACAUGCGUUUGGGCAUCAAUGAAUCUUAAGUUUCUUAUUUAAGGCUGAGCUCUCUAGAAAUUCUGUGACUAUUUUUGAAAUAAAAAAACAAAUUGAGAUUGUCAAGGAAGAAUCUAAUAAAUCAAUAUGUCUCA